GUUGUUUUAACCCGCCUGGAUCCAUCUCGCCCUGAUGAUAAAUCGUCAGUGUUUAAAUCACAAUCUCCUGGUCAACUGCAUUUAAUUGCCUGUGAAAAUUUACUCAUGUCACGGCCUAAUCAAUUGUAUUUACCGGAAUGGUUAACUUUACGUUUAGUGUCAACUAAAUAUGCCACAGAACGAACUAUCAGUCUGUUAAGACUUUAUAUAAAGUAUAAUCGUUUAGAGGCAGCAUGUCGUCUUGCCAUAGAUAUGCUUGAAACAGCUGUCACUGAGGGUAUAGAUCCUUCAUUGUUUGGUUUACGAUGUACAUUAUCCAAACUAAGCAGUCUUCCGCAUCAGAAGGGGAUUGAUAAUAAAACACCCACAUCUGGUAUGCUGUAUAUGCCGCAUAAUUUAUUUGUACAAAUCUUGAAUGCUUUGAACAUCUUAUCAUCACGAUCGGAAACAUAUAGAACUAUGUAUGAAAAUUUAGAAAUUACAUUGAAACAUUAUCUGCUUCAACUUCAACCAAUUUGCCAUAAUUUAAUGGAGGACAGUGAUUCUAUAUGGACAGCAGAGAAACGGUAUACACAAUCGCUUGUACAAUAUCAAAAUUAUGUCUAAGGAGAGAGAGAGUGUGUGUUUUUCUAAUUCUCCACCUUCAGGCU